AAGUACUUCAUUCGAAUGUAGAAGUUAAGAGUUGCCAAAUAUAUCAGCAUCGCUAUUACAACUUGUUUUUAAGCUCUUUAGUGGCAUUUCUUAAUUUUUAUUUAGUAAAAUCGAUGUAAUUGUCAAGAUUUGUUUCAGUGAAAGUGUUACACCUACUGCUUUGUAAUAGAUGUGAAGUUGUUUCUUAAAAUGGCUGCUCAUGGAGAUAUACCAGACUUAUGUCCAAAUGAAUGUGACAUCGGUGAAGAUGAGGAUGAUGACGAAUCCUUAGAUUGGAAUGAAGUUGAAACCGCUGAUGAGCAGAUCUCUACAUGUUUAUUUUGUGAAAAAACAUUUUUGAAAAUCCAGGAAGCUAUAGAACAUUGCAAAAAAGAGCAUGCUUUUGACUUAGUUAUUUUGAAGAAUCGUUUUGAUAUGGACUGUUAUAGCUUCAUCAAACUCAUUAAUUAUAUCAGGAAACAUCACCCAGAAUCUUCGUUUAUUAUGAGUGCCAAAGAGUGUAUUUGGGAGAAAGAAGAAUAUAUGAAGCCAAUUCAAGAUGAUGAUCCUUGGUUAAUGCAUGAUUAUGAAGAUCUGGAUGAUUCAUCUUUUGCUCAAAAGAGUGGUAAUGGAUUUCAUGUCGCUAAUGCAGAAAAUGGUUGUGUAACUUUAUCAGAGCAACAUUUUGCAGAAUUACAGAGAACCAUUCAAAAACUUAGUUUGGAGGUCCAAGAGAAAGAUGCACUUAUGCAAAAUAUGCUUGAAGACAUGGAAAGAAUGAGACAAGUAACUCAGAAUCUUAUGAAAAUUGGAGCUGGAGAAGAAUUGAGUGUUUCACAACCAAAAUGUGUGGGGAAUAGAAGUCUAGCUGAGGAUGAAGGUUACUUCAGUACUUAUGCUCACUUUAGUAUACAUCAUGAAAUGUUGUCAGAUGUUGUUCGAACUACAAGCUAUAAGAAAGCUCUUAUGGAUAAUGCAGAUACGCUGAAGGGGAAAACAAUUCUCGACUUGGGCUGUGGAACUGGAAUUCUUUCAAUGUUUGCUGCAUCUACAGAAGCAGCAAGUGUAAUAGGCAUUGAUCAGGAAAACAAUCUCUCUGAUAAAAUAACCUUGGUGAAAGGUCGACUUGAAGACACUGUUUUACCAUUAAAUCAAGUUGACGUAGUUGUAUCUGAAUGGAUGGGCUACUUUCUUCUAUUUGAAGCUAUGCUUGAUAGUGUUAUAUAUGCAAGAGAUCAUCAUAUGAUCAAGGGUGGUCUACUUCUCCCCAAUCGUUGUUCUAUCAGUUUAGUUGGGCUUGCUGACACAGUUCGCCAUAAAGAAUUGAUUGGAUUCUGGACAGAUGUCUAUGGCUAUCGUAUGAGCUGCCUUCAAAGGGAAGUUGUGCGAGAACCUACAGUGGAAGUUGUUCCUCAGCACAUGCUUGUUACAACUGCAAGUGUUUUGACGCAGAUAGAUUUAUAUACAUGUACUGUUGGAAAUCUUGACUUCACAUCAGAAUUUAGCCUUCAAGUGAUGCGAGAUGAGUCACUCACAGCUCUUGUAGGAUAUUUUGAUGUGUUUUUUGACCUACCUCAGACUGUACAUUUUUCAACUGGUCCUCAUGCUGCUCCUACACAUUGGAAACAAACAGUGUUUUUUCUGGAUGAGCCUAUUUUUGUGAAACAAGGUGACACUGUAACUGGAAAACUAAUAUGCCAACGCCACCAAACAGAAGUGCGAUCAUUGAUUAUUACUAUUCUUUUAGCAGAUAAAAAGUACAGGUAUAUUAUGAGUUGAUGCAUUUCAGGUACUUAAUAAAAAAAAUUGAAAAACAUUGCUAUAUAAUUCGGCAUGUAUUUAACAAGCUGCAUUAAAUAUAUUGUAUAUUUUGAAU